AUGAACCGGAUAAACUGGACUUUGGAGGAAGAUUUCACUCUGGCUGGAUUGUCAAGUAACCAUAGAAUACAGCACUUCUUGUUUGUCAUAUUCUUAUUCUUAUAUCUUAUGUCAAUCUGUGGAAACCUCACUAUUACUACCACAAUAUGGAUGGAACGUAAGCUCCAUACGCCUAUGUACUUUUUCCUUGGAAAUCUCUCAUUCCUGGACAUCUGCUACUCAUCAGUGACUGUGCCUAAGAUGCUUCUAACCUUAGUGGGUGGGAGCAGUGAAAUCUCAUAUAAAGGAUGCAUGGCUCAACUAUAUUUCUACAUUUCUUGCUGUAGCACAGAGUGCUUGCUCCUUUCUAUCAUGGGCUUUGAUCGAUAUGUUGCCAUAUGCCACCCUAUGCACUAUACUACAAUCAUGAACAAGAGAACAUGCCUCCAAAUGGCAUCAGGCCUUUGGUUAAUUGGGUUUGCCACUUCAAUUAUACACACUGUUUUCACUGCUCGGUUGCCCUACUGUAACUCCCGAAUGAUGUCCCAUUUCUUUUGUGACAUCCCACCUAUGCUGAAGCUUGCAUGUUCUGAUACUUUUCUCAACAAAGUACUUAUCCUCACAGCUGGUGGAUUUCUAGGGCUCAGCUCUUUUGUCUUAACUUUGAUCUCAUACAUCAAAAUUAUCUCUGCUAUCCUUAAAAUGCAUACUAAAGUAGGCAGAAGUAGGGCAUUUUCAACAUGUGCUUCUCAUCUUGUUGUGGUCCUCAUAUUCUUUGGAAGUAUCAGUUUCAUGUACAUGAGGCCAACUUCAAAUUAUUCACUCGAACAAGACCAACUAGUAUCUCUCCUAUAUGCAGUUGUGACCCCUGCCUUAAAUCCUAUCAUUUACACAUUAAGGAAUAAGGAGGUUAAAAAUGCCUUAAAGAAAACAUUCAAUAAACAUGAUCAAGGGCCCCAUGUAAUUGGAGAUAACAUAAAUCCAGAGGAGGAUUAUUAA